AUGCCUCCUAAAGCAUCCGGUGGCCGCGGUCGCGGUGCGCCUAGGGGCGGGCCUCCUCCGCGCGGGGGGACACCCACUCGAGGAAGGGGCGCAGCCCAGGGCGCACCAGGCCUUCCCGCCAGCCAUGUACAAGCACUUGGCGUGAAGAGACCCGGAUAUGGUACAGCAGGUCGGAUUAUCCAUAUCUCAGCGAACUUUUACGAAGUCACGGUGCCUGAAGAGCACAUCCAUCAUUAUGAUGGUGCGUUGAUUGACUGGCCCGUCGAGGCGAUUGACGUCUUCAUCGAUCCAUCUAUCACGCCUUCUGAGGCAACGCUUCCGGAGGGUCUCAAGCGGGAUUUGAUCGAACAUCUUCAAGAAGUCGACGCUCCCCAUAUCUUCGCUCAAAAAGUCGGCUACGAUGGGAAUAAGAACAUCUUCUCGUCCCAGAGGCUGAAUUUGGGCCCCCAAGAUGCUGCCGAGUUCGAUGUGAGCUUGGGUGGUGGGGGGAGCGGAGGAUCCAGCCCACAAGAGAAUACCUCGCGGCGAAGGGCGAAAUCGUACAAGCUCAAGCUGACGAAAGUCAAUACCAUCAAUCCCGAGAUGCUACAUCGAUUAGUUGCGGGUCAACAAAGCCCCGACAACGAAGUUCAGACGGCCCUCACGGCAAUGAACGUCGUGCUCCGCAUGGACCCGAUCAAGCGGAUGGCGCAUAAUAGGAGGUCAUUCUUCACCAACCGAGAGACGCUCGACAUCGGCGGCGGCAUCGAACUAUGGCGCGGCUUUUUCCAAUCAAUCAGACCGGCCAUCGGGCGCAUAUACGUCAAUGUCGACAUAUCCACCGCGAUGAUGGCCAAGCCUGGCCCCCUGUUCAGGCUUUGUCUAGAAUUUCUCAAUGAGGGCAUGCCGCCUUCUCGUCAUCUGCGCGAGAACCAGCUCACUGCAAGCUUGCCGGAAAGAGACAGGCGAAAGCUCGAGAAGUUCAUCUUCGGUAUCGGCGUUCACAUGACUCAUUUCGACAGGCAGCAGAAGACCAAGUCUAUCAGAGGUCUCAGUAAUGUCGGCGCCUCAGGUAUUAGGUUCAAGCUGCGCGAUGGGCAGGAGAAAACGGUAGCGUCUUACUUCAGGGAGACCUAUAACACGCAGCUCCGUUAUCCGGAUGCGCUCUGUAUCAAGGCAUGUCACCUCGUCGGCCGCGAUGCAAUGGUCCCCCUGGAGCUCUGCACCAUACCUCCCGGGCAGAUCCUCAAGAAAGAAGUGCCUAGCGAGAAGAUCGAUAGGAUCCGCGAGUUCUCGACGAAGAGACCCGAAGAGCGUCUUCGAUCUAUCAACGCCGGUCUGUCGCUGCUCGCGUACGGACAGUCGGAAUACGUCCGUCACUUCGGCAUGGCCGUCAACAGCGCGGCCGGACCGGCGCAGGUUCCCGCACGCGUCCUGCCGCCUCCGCCUUUGAAGUAUGCUCCCGAGAGCAAGAUAUCCAAAGUCACACCUGCCUUUGGAGCAUGGAACAUGGCGGAUAAACGGUUCAUCAAGCCGGCUGCUAUCGAGACGUGGGCUGUCGCCAUAUAUGAGCGCCAGCAGCGCUUCAACCAGCAGACGGCGCAAACGAUGGUGAGAGACCUCAUCAAGUGCUGUCAGGAUGUUGGCAUCCAAGUCCGGGAGACCAAUCCAGUCAUAGAGUGGUUCGACGGCCAAGGUAAUAUACACAAUCAACUCCGGGGCCUUGGAGCCCAAUCUAUGACCAAGAACAAGAAGCCGCCGACACUUGUUGUCGUCAUCCUCCCCGAGAAUGGUAAUGACAUCUACAUCAAAGUUAAAAACUUUGGAGACGUCAAGGUUGGCGUAGCCACUCAAUGUAUGAAGGCUUCGAAGUGCUUCAGGGCAAAGACCCAGUACUACGCCAACGUGUGUUUGAAGAUCAACGUCAAACUCGGAGGCAUAAACACCGUGACUGAUACGCAGACGGGCACGAACCUGAUCGCAGACCCAAGGAACCCAACCAUCGUAAUGGGUGCCGAUGUCAUGCACCCCGGCCCUGGUUCGGACAGGCCCUCGUUCACGGCGAUUGUCGGGAGCGUCGACUCGAACUGCGCGAAAUACGUCGCGUCCAGCGCUGUCCAGUCAAGCCGCGUAGAGAAUAUCGAUCCCGAUGAUUUCAAAGCGAUGGCCAAGCAAGUCUUGACCAUGUACCGGGGAUAUGGAGAGGGAAUGGAAAGGAAGCCAAAGGGGCACUCUCCCGCCCGGUUGUUCUUCUACAGAGACGGUGUGUCAGAGGGACAGUUCCAGCAGGUGCUGGACUUCGAACUCCCUGCUUUGCGAGCUGCAUGCGCCGAACUCGGGAUGAAGCCGAAGAUAACCUUCAUCAUCGUGGCAAAACGCCACCAUACCAGACUUUUCCCUAACGAUCCCAGAGACGCAGAUAGGAGCGGCAACUGCCACGCCGGCACAGUCGUCGACACCACCAUUGUGCAUCCCGUUGAGUGGGACUGGUACCUCCAGAGCCACGCUGGUAUCUUGGGUACUAGCAGGUCGGCACACUACAAUGUCCUCUUUGACGAGAACAAGUCUACUGCGGACGGCCUGCAGGCAUUCUCGUACGCGCUUUGCCACGUGUAUGCACGUGCGACGAGGUCGGUCUCGAUCCCAGCCCCCGUAUAUUACGCGGAUAUCGUAUGCAGCCGUGCCAAGCACCAUUACGACCCCGCGAGAGGGCUCAACUUCUCUGAGUCGGCAUCGAAUGCGACUGCCACAUUGCAGAGGUACAAGGCGGAGUAUCAGCAGGUCCAUCAAAACAUGCAGAGGCUCAUGUACUUCUCUUGAGCUUGUUGGCGUUGUUGUUUCACCUUGCGAGCUAUGGCCAAUGCGUAAGCUCGAUGUACUUUUAGUCAAUCCACCACUUCUUCGAUAUUGAGACAGUUUUGACACUGAC